CCUUGCCAUUCAUCAUGUAAAUAAUCAAGUUUGAUAUAAAAGAAUUUUGAAGUUCCUCAUUUGCCUGACUAAAAAGCAUAAGCAAAACAUUGCAAAUUGGAAAACCAGCUGAAAAUCCAAACUGCAGCAAAAUCUCUCAGGUGGUGAUGUGGGAUAUGAUUUGCAGUAGCCAGCAGGUAUACCAGGCAGAAGGCCAGAAGUGCCACUUAGGCUGGCACUGAAGAGAAUUUACUAUGGAUGGACUGAACAGUCUGCAUGAUUAUUCCUUGAAAUUACAUUUUGGCUGUUUCUGAUACUUGGAAGCUAUCCUUUCAGCCACAAAGAUGGUCAUAAAUCUUUGUCUCCCACAAUUUAAACCAAGAAUUCACUGCAACAAGAUAUCAGCUGAUGGUUACGAAGUAGAAAAUCUCAUCUCUGAAGACCUCACAAAGAGGAGCCGUGGUUUUAGGACAGAGUAUUUCAUUAAGCCACCAAUCUACGUGACAGUCUCCUUUCCCUUUAAUGUGGAAAUCUGUAGGAUUAACAUAGACCUCACAGCUGGAGGAGGCCAGAAUGUCAUUGGCCUGGAAAUGUACACAUCUGCCUUAUCCAGCAGAGCCUCUUGGAAUACACCUGAGUGCCAGACCCCAGGCCCAGCUGAGCCAUCUGUUCCUGACAAGGAGGCAUUCACCUUGGUAGGCAAAGUCUUACUGAAAAACCAGAGCCAAGUGGUGUUCAGCCACAGGGGAUUCAAGGCCAGGCCACCCUUUAGCCCAAUGGAAAUCACACUCCCCUCCCCUGCUGUUAUGGCCCAGGAGCUCUGGAAUAAAGGGACUCUUUCCCUUAGCCACGUGGCUCAUCUAAAGAUUGGUAUCACCCAUGUAACAGGCAGUGGUAUUCCUUGCAUCAAGCGGUUGGAAGUGUGGGGUCAGCCAGCCAAGACCUGCUCUCAGGAGGUGAUAGACAGUGUCCUACUGGUGGCUUCAGAGAAUCUGCCUCAGGACUUGGCUUUGCAAACUCCAGCUUUGCCCAUGGAGAGUGACUGUGACUCGGGGAGCCAGCCUGAGACCCAACAGGCCCCCUCUAGCCUGCAGGAAUUGGCUCAGGCAGUUGGUGAUGUGCCCGAGGAGUUCCUGGAUCCCAUCACCCUGGAGAUCAUGCCUUGCCCCAUGCUGCUACCUUCAGGCAAGGUCAUUGACCAGAGCACACUGGAAAAGUGUAACCGCAGUGAAGCUACAUGGGGCCGAGUGCCCAGUGACCCUUUUACUGGGGUAGCCUUUACUCCACACUCCCAGCCCCUGCCCCACCCCUCCCUAAAGGCCAGGAUUGAUCAUUUCCUGCUUCAGCACUCCAUCCCUGGCUGUCACCUACUUGGGAGAGCUCAGACUACUUUGGCAGUGACCCCUUCUUCCAUUGCCCUGCCCUCACGGAAAAGGAAGAUAGAGCAGGCUGAGCGGACCCCAGGCAGUAGCUUUGGUGUGAAUGCUUCCUGUUUUACUAUCACAAAUCCUCUGGUCUCACCUACUACCUCAGAGCACACCUCCAAGAAAAUGAAAACCACCAGUGAGCUUGGCCUAACGCACAUGGACUGCUCAACAGAUCCAGUGUCCCAUGAGCAGAAGCUAUCGCAAAGCUUGGAAAUUGCCUUGAUGUCCACCCUUGGUUCCAUGCCCUCCUUCACAGCCCGACUGACCAGGGGACAGCUCCAGCACCUGGGCAUAAGAGGGAGCAGCACUACUGGGAGGCCAAGCGCCAGCUCGGAGCAGCCUGGGAGCAUCGCAGGCCCUGAAUGUGCCUCCUGCAAAAGAACAUUUUCUUCCUACUUCAAAAAGGAGCCCAUGUACCAGCUGCCCUGUGGUCACCUCCUAUGUCGACCCUGCCUGGCUGAGAAGCAGCGCUCCCUGCCCAUGACAUGCACAGCCUGCCAGCAGCCAGUUGCCAGCCAGGAUGUGCUGCGGGUCCACUUCUGAGUGACCAGCCUCAACCUGAGAAGCACUUGCUGGGAGGAGCAGAGGGGGAGCAGGAACAGAGUCACAGCUUUCCUGUAGUUUGAUGGUGGCAGGCACAAAGUGCCUGUUUUUUCUCCAGGGCUUUAUCACCUCAUAGUGUUGCACAGGGACCGAGUGGGGAAACACUCCACUCCUGCUCAGGUGGCAACAGGAUAAAAAAGCCAUAGGCUUGGCUGGGAAGGCUGGGGGAUGUCCCUACCUUCCUGUGCCUCCCUGCCACUCCCCCACCAGAUCCCAGGGCCUGCUGAAGCCAGCCCCACUGGGGCAGGAGUACCCUUGCUGAGGGCUCCCUGAAUUGCUUGUCUAUACCCUUUUCUAGCAGAGCCUUGUGAGUGGAGCACAAUGGACUAUGGAUAGCAAAGAGGGUCUCAGGGUCAUACUGACCAUGGUGGGGGCUGUGGAGCUCAUGACUCGGCCUCCUCCUUUGACCGGCAGACACUCAGAGCCUUAAUAAAGUGAUUAUUGACGUCUUCCUCCUGGCA